CCCAUCUCCAUCACUUUCAUUCAAACAUUGAAGCUAGUCUUCUGUUCCGUUCUCGAUCCCGAGCCUUUCUUUCGAAACCACACUCCUUCAACCUUUUUUUUCCAACUCAACAAAAACCCAACCACUCUUCAGUUAUUCCCAUACCUCUGUCAAAAUGAAGGUCAACGUUAUCGCUGCUACCAUUCUUGCCGCCUUCUCGGCCGGCGCUUUCGCCCAGGACCAAGAGGCCGAGCGCCCUACGGGUGUCCCCUCCGGCUUCCCCACCGCCUUCCCUACCGGUGGACGCCCCACCCAGGUCCCCGGCGCCGCUAAGCCCUCCGGUGGCUUCGGCGGUGGGUUCCCCGGCUUCGGCAACGGCGAGCGCCCCUCCGGUUUCCCCUCCGGCCUCGAGGGUGCCCGUCCUACCCAGGUUCCCGGUGCUGCCAAGCCCUCUGGCGGCUUCGGUGGCGGCUUCCCCGGCUUCGGCGGCCACUCCGGUUUCCUGACCCGCACGCGUGGCUCGUCCGAGGAGGCCGCUGGCUUCGGUGCCCAGGCCGCCGAGACCCCCUUCCCCACCGGCACUCAGUCCGGCGGUGCUCGUCCUACCGGCAAGGGCAAGGGCAAGGGCAAGGGUAAGGGCAAGAACCACGGCACUGGUGCUCUCCCCUCGGGCGUCCGCCCUACCCAGGUCCCCGGCGCCGCUAAGCCCUCCGGCGGCUUCGGCGGCGGCUUUCCCGGCUUCGAUGGCGAGCGCCCUUCCGGUGCUCCCUCUGGUGCUGCCCCCACUGGCGCCCCCGAGGCCGAGCCCACCUCUGCCUAAGCGUCUUUGAAAGGUGGAAAGUCUCUAGUUGAGAGGUUUUUGACGUGGGACCACUUGGCCCGGCCAAAUCAGCUUCAUCAGGAGCGUGCUUGGAUGAUUCUUUGUGAUGGAAGAUGAUCCGUUUUUUUUUCUCAUUCUUACUACUCCCUGCGGAGCUUUCUGUGUAUACAUACAAAUGCCGCUUGGAGUAGCUGGCUGGUACAUUGCA